UACGCAUUACGGGGAGUACCAUUCUGCUAUCGCUCAUUAGCACUGCCGUUCUGUCGAUGAGUGUUCCAUAUCGAAAUCGCUUCAUCUCGCUUCGUCGUUUCUCGCAGAAAUGGAGAGUUCUCUGACUUUGCACUCCGACCGGGCAGAAGAUGUGGCCACUUCUUCCAGCUUCCGGCAGUUCCAGAUCAGACACUUCCACCUCGAUCUGAGCGUGGAUUUCGAGCAGAGAAAAUUGCAGGGCACCGUGACACUGCAAGUGAAAUGCAUUCAGGACAGCCAGAGCGAGCUUCACCUGGACAUUCACCCUUCGCUCGGACUGCAAGAUAUUUCACUCAGCUCCGGGAAAGACGGCUGUGAGUGUGCUAAAGUGGAAUUUCUCACACGAGACUUCACCAGUUACGGGAGUACACUGGUUGUGAAAUUUACUUCACCCUGGAAAAGCGAGGAUGAAUUCCGUCUAGCAAUAAAGUAUGUGGCUUCCGACGGACCGGGGAUGUCGUGGCUGGAGCCGGCUCAGACCGCUGAGAAGAAGCGGCCUUACCUCUACACCUCCGGUUUCCCCGUGCUGAACAGGAGCCUGUUCCCAGGCUUCCACACGCCUAUGGUCAAGAGCCCCUGCUCGGCCACGGUGCAGGUGCCAGAGGGAUUCACAGCUGUGAUGAGCGCCACCAGGUGGGAGCACAGAAAGGCUGACCACACCUUCCUGUUUUCCAUGGAACAGCCCAUCCCCUCCUACCUGGUAGCCUUGGCUGUGGGAGAUCUGGUUUCUGCUGAGGUGGGGCCCAGGACCCGCGUGUGGACAGAGCCCUGUCUGCUGCAGGCCGCCAAGCAGGAGUACGAUGGUGUGAUCGAGGAGUUCCUGGCUGUGGGGGAGAGACUGUUUGGACCGUAUGUCUGGGGAAGGUAUGAUGUGCUGUUCAUGCCCCCCUCCUUUCCAUUCGGGGGCAUGGAGAACCCCUGCCUCACCUUUGUCACUCCCUGCCUGCUUGCUGGGGACCGCUCGCUGGCCGAUGUCAUCGUGCACGAGAUCUGCCACAGCUGGUUUGGCAAUCUGGUCACCAACGCCAGCUGGGGGGACUUCUGGCUCAAUGAGGGCUUCACCAUGUAUGCCCAGCGCCGAGUCUGCAAGGAGAUCCAUGGGGAGGCCUACACCAGCCUGGAGGCAGCCACAGGCCGAGCCCUCCUUCGCCAACACAUGGAUAACACUGGGGAGGACCACCCACUCAACAAACUGCGGGUCAAAAUUGAACCAGGUGUGGAUCCUGAUGACACCUACAAUGAGACGCCAUACGAGAAGGGUUUCUGCUUUGUGUCCUACCUGGCGCACCUGGUCGGUGAUCAGAGCCGCUUCGACGCCUUCCUCAAGGCCUAUGUUGACAAAUUUAAGUUCCGGAGUGUGAUGGCAGAGGAUGCCCUGGAGUUCUACCUGGAUUAUUUCCCUGACCUGAAAGAGAAGGGAGUGCAUAAGAUCAAAGGGUUGGAGUUUGAGAGCUGGCUGAAUGUGCCUGGUUGGCCGCCCUACCUGCCGGACCUGUCCCCGGGUCAGAGCCUGAUGGAGCCUGCGGAUCGGCUGGCUGACCUCUGGGCAGCAGACAACCUGGACAUGGGGGCCAUCUGUAAGAUGGACAUCCAGCCUUGGAAGACCUACCAAACCAUCUACUUUCUGGACAAGAUCCUUGAGAAGUCUCCAUUGCCUAGAGGCAACAUUGAGAAGCUGGCAGAGCAGUAUCCCCACAUUGUGAAAUCCAACAAUGCUGAGCUGCGCCUGCGCUGGGCCCAGAUUGUCAUCAAGAACCAGCACCAGCCAGGAUAUCAGCACGUCCGGGCCUUCCUCAGCUGCCAGGGGAAGCAGAAGUACACCUUGCCCGUGUACCGAGCCAUGUGGAAUGGGUCCGAGGAGACCAGGGCCCUGGCCACUGAGAUCUUCUCCACCACCUCCCAGCAGCUUCAUGUCAAUGUUCGUAACUACGUCAAGAAGAUCCUCACUUGAGAGCAGAAUGGAACACGGUGUGUGUAAUGCACCUCACACACGGAUCUGGGCGAAUCUUCGUUUGGACGGGCUCUGCUCUCAUGGCAGACUUUCAAUUAUAGCGAUGAAAGCAAAGUACUCAGUGAUUCAUUAUCACAAAAACAGAGAAUUUGAAUCCCUCUGAAUUUUGUAUCCAAUGAAAUAAAACAUGG